UCUUUAAAUGGAAGAGCAGCAGGACGAUCACAGCUUCUUCUGCGGCUGUUCUUGCUGGGCUAGCAGCGCUGUUGAGGGAGCAGAGCCUGUUUACGAGAAAAUGAAUACGCCGGAGCCAUACAGAACUGAAGCUGUGGAAGAAAUGCGAGCUUCUUGCGAAGAACCCCGCAAAGAAGAUGCACAAUGUAGAGAGCUUUCGAGAUUUGACUUUCCAGAGUGCAUUAUUCACUUAGUACAAGGGGUAAGUGCAUGGGGAAGGGGAAGAAGGGAAAGAAUCAGACCCAGAGGUGGCAGAAAAACAAGCAGGCCUUUUUCUUUUUUGUAGCUGCAGGAUAAAGAAGUACCGUGGCGAGUGUUUUCAGAAAUAGUUGAAGCAGCUCACACAGAAGUUUACCCGGAGUGUUGUGAUCACUGCUUUGAAGUAGCAUAUCGACAAAAAUUCGGAUGCCUGGGACGUGGUGUAAUGUAUUGGCAAAAAUUCAAAUGCAUGCAGCCUGAACAACCCGGUGACGAUCCGGAUGCUAGAUUUGACAGACCCGAGUGCGUGCGUUUUUUAGUACAGGGGCUAGAUGAUUAUGAAGUGGAUUGGGAGGUGUUUUCCGAAAUAGUCAAAGCGGCGCACACAGAAGUGUACCCAGAGUGCUGUCCGUACUGUGAAGAAAUAGCAGAUUGGCAAAAAUGCGGUUGCCUGAGAUGUGAGGAGGAGGAGACGGCUGAGGGAGCGAAAAGCAUAAGAGGGGAUGAGCCUGUGACAGACCAGAAAGUGGAGCCCAUUUAUGAAGAAAUGCAGAGUGUACACGGUAUCCAAGAGCGGCCAGAAGUGCAUGAGGAAGACGUCACAGUACCAGGACUGCUGAAACAAAAAGUGUCGCAGUGCAUACAGACUCUCUACCCUAAUAUGGCGGAGCUGAACUAUGUAGCGGUGGCUGAGGAGGUCAAGGAGAACAAGUUUGAUCCUGACUGUUGCAGAUUUUGCAACCACAUAGCAUAUUGUCAAGAAGUCCCCUAUGAUGAAGAUGAUGAGGGUGCCAGAGCAGAUUGUGAGGACUCAGGGGAUGAACCAGAGGAUGCUGUCCCCAUAGAGGUUGGGGAAAUAGAUCCAACAUUGGAUGUUUCUGAUAGUGCAAAAGCGACAGACCCGGUGAAAGAAGGCGUAAAGCCGCGCAUUCAAUACCUGGUCCCAGAUCCAACAGAUGUGCUGAUCGAGUGUGCUCUACUGGAUGAGGUGCUAGCGAGAGGCCCGGUUGGGGAUGGUCCGGUCAGCUUUGAGUAUGAGCAUCCCCCAAAGCCCCGUGUAGGGAAGAAGCUGAAAAAGAGGAGACCUAAGACGGAUUACUGCAGUGAUACCUGUUGUGAUUCUGAUUAUGUAGAUGACUCGGACAGACCGCGCCUGGACUUCUGUCAUUAUAGUUGCUGCAACUCUUCUGAUGAGUGGUCGUUAACAGAAACUGAUGAUAAUAGCGAUAUUGAGAGUGAAAAUGUCGAGCAGGGGGUGCAAACUGAUGGUGUCGCACCCAAGGUGCCCCCAGUCCCCACUCUACUGAAUGAGGAGACAAUGUGGGGCCCUGCUGGGGAUAGCAUAGAGAGCUCUAAAGAUGAGCAUUACCCACAGCCCUCUGUAGGGAAGAAGCUGAAAAAGAGGAGACCUCUGCUGAGUUACUGCUAUGAAAAUUGCUGCUAUUCUAACAGCUCAGAUGAUGAGUGGAGACCAUAUGCGCCAUACUGUAAUCUUAGUUGCUGCAAGUCUUCUGAUGAAUGGUCGAUAACUGAAACCGAUGAUAGUGAUUUUGAGCCUUUAGGAACACCAGGGGGGAGAAAAGGAGAUCCCGAGUUGCGGGCUGAUGGAGCAGCACCCGAGACUAUGACCAGAGAAGGAAAUUGAA